AUGCAGUCCUCCUUGCUCUACGAGAGUGCAGAUAAGUCUGUUGUCCUGAUUGACAUCCCUCGAUCACUCGAAGAGGCACAAGUCUUGGCUGGAAACCCGCCCCCGAGGCGGCUGGUGUCCUGCAAAGCCCUGACGGAGCCCUGGCAGAGACAUGACUCGAAAAAGGGUCGAGAACCAAGCGUCUCACAGUCGCCGUCGGCGGCCAUAGAUGAGCUAAUGACUCAGGAGACUGUUCGCGCAGCCAUUGAUCAGAUCGGCCAGUCGUACACCGGGCAUUGGUGCUUCUCUCGACUUGUUAAGAACGAGGCCCAAGAUACGACGGACAUUAUACCCCCACAAAAACGCAAACUCGACGGCGAGGAGGAGGGAGAUGAUGCAGCGAAGGUACAGACACCUCACAAGCCGGGAGAGUAUUUGAUAGACGAGCGUCCAGAAGAAGUUGGGAAUGAUGCGUUCUUCUUUCCAACUAAGGCGCAUCACCUGUUGGGCUCUAUCGAGAACGAAAGAGCUGCGUUCCUACAGAAGGCACCGGCUUUCGACCUUAUCCUUCUAGAUCCGCCAUGGCCCAGUAGGUCCGUCAGGAGGAAGAGGGAGAGCUAUGCCACGGCCUACGACAUGCACGAGACCAAGAAUUUGUUGUCUCUCAUCCCCGUCGCCGCACAUCUCAACCCCGAUGGGUUGGUAGCUUUGUGGGUGACUAACAAGCCAGCCGUAAUAGACCUUCUGAGAUCACCGGGUGGUAUAUUCGAUCUAUGGGGGCUCGAGCCGAUCGGCGAGUGGAUAUGGGUCAAGGUUACCAGCUCCGGCGAGCCCAUUGUAGAUCCGCAGUCAUCGUGGAGGAAGCCAUGGGAGCGGCUGUUGAUCGCGAGGAAGAAGGGCGGCACAGCCAGGCUCGAUGCCGAGAGAAAGGUGAUAUUUGGCGUUCCCGAUCUGCAUUCCAGAAAGCCGAACCUCAGGCGGCUCUUUGGCAACACAUUGCCCGAAGACUACGUGGGGCUCGAGAUCUUCGCCAGGAAUCUUACUGCCGGGUGGUGGAGUUGGGGAGACCAGACCCUGAUGUUCCAACAUCGACACCACUGGAUUGAAGAGGCCAUAGCAGAUGAAAAUGUAGUAGACAAGAAAAAGUAA